UGUCUUGUUCCCCUUUCGCCCGUGUUCGGCGCCAUGGAUUCGAUCUGCCGUCAGAGCCCACCGCCGCCGCUGCCUGGCCCCAGCCGCAAAGCGCGGUGCCUCUCCUCGCCGCCAGCCGCCUCUGCUUUUCACGGGCGGUGCCCCCGGAGGCCCCGCCGUAGGGCCGCAGCGCGGGCGAGGGUGGCGUUCGGCUCGAAGCAAGGAAGGGAGGAAGGGGGCGGUGGCCAUGGCUGCCCCGACCGGCAUGCUGGGGCCGCGCUUCCUCCCCGGCGGCGACGCCUAGGAUCUCCGAGGACCUCAGAGCCUGAGACCUGCAUCUCAGAUCCAUCCACGCAAACACUCACAGAAGAGGGAGAGAGAGGGAAGCUCGAUUGGUACCGAUGGAGGCGACGGCGUUGAGCAUCGGCAAGUCCGUGCUGAGCGGGGCCCUUGGCCUCGCCAAGUCCGCCGUUGUGGAGGAGGUGGCCCUGCAGCUGGGAGUACAGCGCGACAAGGCCUUCGUCACGGACGAGCUGGAGAUGAUGCAGUCUUUCUUGAUGGUGGCGCAUGAUGAGCGAGGUGAGCACAACAAGGUGGUCAGGACCUGGGUGAAGCAGGUCCGCGACGUCGCCUAUGACGUCGAGGAUUCGCUCCAGGAUUUUGUUGUUCGUGUGGACAAACAGUCUUGGUGGCGCAUUCCUCGCAUGCUUCUCGAUCGUCGCCAUGUUGCCAAGCAGAUGAAGGAGCUGAGGACCAAAGUCGAGGACGUGAGCCAAAGGAACUUGCGCUAUGGCCUCAUCAAGGGCUCUAGCUCCACUCAGCCUGCCGCUGAUGCUGCCCCUGCCGCUGAUGCUGCCAUGUUUGGUGUUGAUGAAGCAAGGCAUGCCGCGAAGAAACACCAAGCAAGAUCGGAUCUAGCCCAGCUGAUCAACAAGGAUGGUGAUGACCAUGUUGGAGUGAUCGGUGUGUGGGGAACAAGUGGCACUGUUGGGCACAGCUCCAUCAUCUGGGAGGCCUACGAGAAUCCAGACGUCAAACUGAAUUUUCCAUGCCGAGCAUGGGUCAGGGUGAUGCGUCCUUUCCAUCCAACAGAAUUUGUCCAGAGUAUGGUGAAACAGUUUCACACAGCGGUGGGGGUCGGUGUGCUGCUGGAGGGGGAAAGGAAGGAGCAAGAUUUGGCUCAGGCCUUCAAUGGAUAUGUCAAUGAGAACAGGUACCUGAUUGUGCUUACUGGCCUGUCCACAAUUGAAGAAUGGCACCAGAUCAAGACUUGUUUCCCAGAGAACAAACUGGGGAGCCGGAUCAUAGUAUCCACGGAACAUGUUGAAGUUGCAAGCCUAUGCCCGGGGCGGGAAAGUACUGUAUCAGAGCUCAAACAAUUGUCUGCUGAACAAACCAUCUAUGCUUUCUACCGGCAGAGCUCUCAUGCUGUUACAUAUCCAUCAAAGCCAACAUCUAGGUCAAAGUUAUCCAACAUCCCUGAGAAUGAGAUACAAGAAGACCAAUCCAAUGCUGAUGUUGAUGGAAAUAUGAUAGCGCAAAAGAGGUUAACACGCGCCUACACAAUGGCAGGUGUUCUUGAGGAAUUUCAGUUUAUUGGGCGAAAGCAAGAAAAAGAAGAUAUUAUUGAACUAAUUGUAAAACAAGAUAGCACUCAUCAAGUUCAGGUGAUAGUAGUAUGGGGAAUGGGUGGUCUUGGAAAAACCACUCUGAUAAAAAAUGUUUUCCAAAGCAAAGAUGUGAGUGGCCUGUUUGAAAAAAAUGCUUUCGCCACGGUCUUGCGGCCUUUCAAGCUUGAUGAGCUCCUUAGGAGCUUGGCAUUGCAACUAGAUGCAAACAAGGAAUCCAUGGACUUUACAGGUGACACCCAAAAAAGCAUUGCUUCGAUGGGAGUUGAAGAGUUGAUUAAAGUGUUGGGCAGACGUUCAGAAGGAAAGAGGUGUUUGAUUGUUCUCGAUGACCUCUUAGCUAUGGAAGAAUGGGAUAAAAUAUCGCCAAGUUUACGUGAAAUAAAAAAUCUGGUUAUUGUGAUCACCACAAGGCGAGAGGAUAUUGCUAAGCAUUGUUGCAAAAAACCGAAGUGCAUACGUUUGCUCAACGGUCUUCAAGAAAAGGAUGCAAUUACCCUGUUCACAAGAAAGGUAUUUAGGAAUAUGACUACUGAUUUGGCUGAGCAAUAUCCUGCAUUGGUCGAACCAGCAAAAAUAAUCCUGAAGAAGUGCAAUGGACUUCCCCUUGCCAUAGUCACCAUAGGUGGUUUCUUGGCUGAUCAACCAACAAAAACUGCUGCAGAGUGGAGGAAACUGAAUGAGCAUAUCAAUAUUGAGCUGGAGAUGAAUCCAAAGUUUGAAGUCAUAAAAACAGUCCUGAUGAAAAGUUAUGAUGGCCUACCCUAUUACCUCAAACCUUGUUUCCUGUACAUGUCCAUCUUUCCUGAAGACCGGAAUGUUAGUCGGAGACGUUUAACUCACCGGUGGAUCGCUGAAGGUUAUGCGCGAGACGAGGCCACAGCAGAUAGAUACUUCAUGGAACUCAGAGAGAGAAGCAUGAUAUUACCAACUCAGCAAUCAGUUUGCAGCAUACAAGGAUUCGACUCUUGCCAGCUACACGAUCUGAUUCGUGAUAUCAGCAUUGCAGAGUCUUUGGAGGAAAAUCUUGUUUUCAGGUUGGAGGAAGGCUGCAGCUUGAACACCCACGGCGCAAUGCGUCACCUUGCCAUAAGCAGCAACUGGGAGGGAGAUGAGUGUGAGUUGGAGAUCACCGUGGAGCUGUCCCGUAUACGGUCAUUAACAGUGUUUGGCAAGUGGAAGCCAUUUUACAUCUCUGAAAAGAUGAGGUUUCUCCGGGUGCUGGACCUGGAAGGAACAGAAGGGUUAAGAAAUCAUCAGCUUGAGCACAUUGGGGAGCUUCUUCAUCUGAGAUACCUCUCUCUACGAGGGUGUGAUGAAAUCUAUUAUCUCCCAGAUUCUGUGGGUAAUCUAAGACAACUUGAGACACUAGACAUCAAAGGGACGGGUAUAGCUAUGUUGCCCAGAACCACCAUCAAGCUUAGUAAGCUAUGUUAUCUGCAUGCUGGCAGCGGUUCAGGGGAUAAGGAGAAAACUUAUUUUUCAAAGUGUGAAGAAAUUUGUGAAAUGCAACGUGAUUUCUGUGUAGGAUGCUGCUCACUGGAUCUUUCAGACAUGGAUGGAUUUGGCAGGUGUGAGGCUUUCCAUCUUUUUUGCUGCUUAAUGUACCCUAAUGUCAUUAGGGGCAUAGAGGAUUCUGGUGUUAAGGUGCCAAGAGGGACCAGGAAACUGAAGGCCCUCCGUACACUACGGUAUGUUCACCUUGCAUGGGGAACUGCCGUUAUAAAAGAGAUAAAAGGCCUCACUGGUCUGCAGAAGCUAGGAGUGGUCGGCAUCAACAAGAAAAAUGGUCCAGGUUUCUGUUCGGCCAUUUCCAGUCUCAGCCAUCUUGAAUCAUUGUCAGUGCGGUCAGUUGAUGGCCUGAAUGGCUGUUUGGAUGGCAUGUCCACAGCUCCGGAAAACCUGCAGAGCCUCAAGCUAUCCGGCAGCCUAGAAAAUUUGCUGGAAUGGAUCAAGGGGCUCCAGAAUCUUGUGAAGCUCAAGUUAGAACUCAGCAAGCUAUCAGGGAACCUUGAAGCCAUGCAAGUCCUUGGGAACCUGCCAAACCUAUCCAUUCUGGGUUUGUGGGAUCGUGGGUUUAUUAUCGAUGUACUCCAGUUCCAGACUGGCCUUUUCAGAAGGCUCACGGUGCUUGAUCUUUUCUACUCAAGGAUGGAUAUUAAAUUAGUGGAGUUUGAGGAAGAAUCAAUGCCCAAUCUUGAGUUGCUGACCCUUAGCCUUGGAGAUACUAAAAUUGCCUUCUCUGGGCUAGAACUUCUCCCAAGCAUCAGGGAAGUACGGCUUAGUGUUCAUAGCUACUUGUUUGGUACACCCAAAUCAUCAAAAAAUGGGGGAAAUGAAAAAAUGGGGAAAAUAUUGUAUGAACACAUGAAAAGAGAAGAAGAGAUAAACAAACCCAUGCAAGAUAAAGUCAGGCAGGAGUUGCAGACGCAGCUUGAUAGGAAUAAGAAUCGGCCAGUCUUGAAGGUGCAAUGAGCUCAGAAACCUGGGGCUAGUUCUGAGUGGCGGCCAAGCCAUGCUAUUGGAAAAUCUAUCUUGUUUUUAUCUCUUGCAUUGAUUGUUAUAUGUUGUAAUAAUGGAUUGAAAUAUAGCUCACACGAGUCUGCUAGAGGUGGUAUUUCUUUUUCUGCUGUGGGUAUCUCAUUGAGUUUCUGAAGAAUGAAUGGCCGCUGCAAUAUAUGAUGCUCUGUAUCUGUAUGUUCUGGCGAUGUGUGCACCAUCGGUGGGCUGCUUAAUAAGGGUGUGGUGAUAUCUCCGGCAACUGUAAAAAAUUGCUCGGAUGAGAUGCAUAAAAUUCGUGAGUACUCUAUACUACUAUGUUGCAUCAUAUUCUACGCUUGUAAGAUGCUCUGUACUUGGUGAUUAUGCCAUUUCCGCUUCGGGGCUCUGCUUGGAUAUGGUGAAGAAUGUUCUGUACCUGCAUGUUCCGGCCGGCGAUGUGUAUAUGUAUCAUCGUACUCUGGUAACUGAAUGAUGUUUUGGAUUAGAUGCAGAAACCUCGUCAGUAUUUUGCAUCAUAUGUUGCAACUUGCAACCCUUUUCUUCUGCCCUUGGUGACCGUGUCAGUCGGUCUGCUCUGUCCCUUUCAUUUGUCAGCAGAAUGGAAUGAAUGAUGUAACACAUACAGUAUAAUCUACCUAGGCAUCAACAGCUUACAGAUGUCACGAAGGGUCAGCCCAUCUACGUAGUCAGGCAGCUAAAUUGUUUCACGUAGCAUGUAUACUUCUAUUUUUUUUUAGCCUGGUAAUAGUUAUUUCCUUUGUUACGUUAGUUUCA